UUUUACUAACUACUUUUUCUACCUCCGGCCUAUAGCUGUGCCAUUCAGGCUGAAGGAAAUAGCCUGAUUUUUUUCACUCCGGUUCCGCUCUAUAACAGUGAAGAUGCUGUUGAGUUGCUGCCGACGAAGCUAUCCGCAGUGCACAUUUUCAAACUCAGCUCAGUCGCUUUUGAAGAACUCAAUUAGCUCAUUGCACUGCAGCCCACUAUCCCAUGGCGAGGGACGAUGGAGUGGAGAAUUUUCUAGAGGAGACUCUACAAGCAAGACACUAGCUGUAGCAGAGCCGUCGUUUAGGUUUAUUGGCAACCGUGAAAAGCUACCAUCAGUGCAGGGUCAGAUUGUCUAUGGAUCCCACGUCUGUGUGGCUGCGCUUGUCAAGGGCAAUCGCACCAUACAUCGUAUCUAUGCGCAGAAGGACGGAUCGAAUAUGAUUGCUGACAAAGUGAAGAACAAAGUGUUGCCGCAUAUUUCACCAGGCCUGUAUGACCGCGUAACGGCAAUGGAAGUGACGACAAUGGAGAACAUGUUACGGCGAGGCGGAUAUGAAGAUGCUAACCACCAGGGCAUUGCGAUGGAUGUGUCGCCAAUUAAACCUAGCGUCUUGAAGAGCACCACUUUCGAAAGGCCAGGAGACUACGCGAUACGAGAAGAUGGCGGCGUUCCCGUUUGGAUGCUCGUCGAGAAUAUUAGUGAUGUGCGUGAGUUUGGUGCCAUGAUACGGGGAUGUCAGUUUCUGGGAGUAGAUCGUCUCAUUGUACCUCAGAUGGAGCCGGAACAGUUUGCCACACUAACCAGUGGUAUAGCCAGUAAAGCUAGCUCCGGUGCUCUGGAGUUGAUUGAGAUGUGGCAACUAUCUACGCAGUACCCUCUGAUCUCCUUUCUCAAGGAUGCCUCAGAGCACUUCAACGUGGUAUACACGACGGAGGAAGACAAGGACUUCACUCCCUUGUCAGAGGCCGCAGUCACUAAGAAGCGGCCAUUGCUAUUCGUAGUGCAAGAUGGAGUAUCUGUACCGAGCACGCUAGCCGAAUGUGAUUACUGUGUUGGUUUACCCGUCCGACAUAGAGCGCUUGCCAACAAGGGACCGUUGUCCUUCAGUGAGGUGGAGAAUGUCAAACUUCCACUUGUCGCUAAAAUCGCCACCAUCUUGCAGCACUUCAUCAGCCACACUCACCGUGCCCCAGCGUAGUAGCAGCAGCAUGUGUCUGAUUGCAACCUGGAGAUACGUAGUGCUAUGCUGUGGUAUGAAUGGGAUGUGCUCGUGUACGGUGUGGCUGCCAGCAACCCUACACUACAGUGACUUGUCAUGCAGCUAUGCCUGUGUUUGCUGUGUGCUGUGAGGCAUGAUGAUGCAAGUACAGCACUUGCAGCAGAGCCAGCGGGCUUUCCCUGGUGAACUGCUGAGGCAUGAUGCAAGUACAGCACUUGCAGCAGCAGCAGCAGAAGCCGGCGGCCUUCCCCAAUCCCUGGUGAACUGCCAUCUCAGCCAACAUGGCACAAGAGCCUGUGAUCAGGUCACUAAGGGAGUAUACCGGUAUGCCGCAUCACAUAUCACCGCUGGUCACUGGUCCUCUCAUGUCGACAGUAUGCUGUUGGGGACAUUGGGCAGCGAUGGUGAUGGUGCUAUGUGUAGCGUGUGCUAUCCUGCCCAUCGUAGCGCCUCACGGGGUAACCAAGACGCGCAGGCGCAGUGCAUUGCAUGCACUGCAACAAGCGAAUGUACAUAGCGUGUGAACGUACACUGCAUAGUGUGUGGUUGUAUGUGCUGCACGCAUGCAGUGCAUGUGUAAUGCGCUAGGCAUGCAGCUGCGUGCGUAUGGCCGUAACCCAAGGCUAUACCAAUGCCGCAUAGCCAUCGGGAAGAGUACUUCUCACUCAGCGCCCUUCUUCUGCCUGAUAACGUGGACUUGUUUUGUCCAUCAACUGGCUGCCUGCUGCAGUGCUCCCCCCAGAAACCCUGUACAAUGUACAUGCAACACAGCACCAAGGCCGAGAACACAGGCGAUACAUGCAUGCAUGCCCAUUCAUGUUCACCAGGAUGAUCUGCAAUCAAGUCUUUGCAUUAUCAGUGUGACAUACUACCGGGCGACCGCUUUCGGAGCCAUGAGAGAACGGGAGUUGCAGGAUAUUUAUGUGUUUGAAAUAUUUGAUACAGAACUCUAGUCUGAAUCGAAUCUCAUGAAAACAAGAUUUGUCCUGUGCGUUUUUGAAUUGUCACCUGCUUCUCGGUGAACUGUUGUCGCCAGUUGCGAAGCCUGCCUGGCGGACCAAGCCGCUUACUAGAUAUUUCACAAUGUUUACAUUUCUCCCCUGCCCUCCAUUGUUUCGUCCAUGGUCGUAGCUGCGACUUCUAAUAUUCAUGACUGCAUGUGCCGCUGUUCCAAUAGCACCAGCAUUAGAGAAAGAGAGUUUGCUUCCGAAAGGACCUUUCUCUUCUCUUCAUUUAGAUAACUAUUGAUCAAGAGCUGGCAUCCGACAUUGCCCCCUGGGGGCCCCCAGCAGA